CAAUUAAACCCAAAGAAGAAGAGUAGUGGUCAGCGGUACUGUACUAAAGUGUGCUGUACCGCUUACACGUGUGUAACUGUCAGAGGAGCGAUUAUCCGCCAACAACUUGUCCCAUGACACUGAACCGCACUGUUGAGUGUUUCCUAUGCAGCCAUGGCUGAUGCAUUCAGCAGCAGCUCGGAAACGGUAAUUCAGCGUGUGGUGGAAGUAUCAGUGAAGACAAACACCCCUCUGGACAAACUGGAAGAGUUGUAUCAGAUUAAGAGCACCUGCGACUUCAUCAGUGAGCGUCAUUUUGAAAAGGUUGCUCUGCAGUUUCCUGAUGAGCUGCUGGUGGAUUCAGUGGCAGUAGCAGUGGCGAUUGAGAGAAACUGUAAUGCCAAGACAUAUAUUCUGGGAGACACAUCCUAUGGAAGUUGCUGUGUGGAUGAGGUAGCUGCAGAGCAUGUCGGAGCCGACUGCAUUGUGCACUAUGGCAGCGCUUGCCUCAGCCCGUCUAAAAGGCUGCCCCUGAUGUACGUCUUUGAGAGAAGGCCGGUGGAUCUUGAGAAGUGCGCUUCUGCCUUCAGAGAACUCUACCCUGACACGCAGAGUCACAUCAUCCUCCUCUAUGAUGUCAGCUACGUUCACGCCAUGAAUGAUCUUCUGACACUCCUUUCGCCAGAGUAUCCUAACCUCGUCAUCUCAGAACUUGUUGUCGAGGGGGAGCAGUGUUACAGUCAUGGCUGGAUUAAAAGACAACAUGAUGACACCUGUCUGUCAGAGCAAGACAAAAACCAGGUUAUCUGUCAGUUUGGGAGGCAGUUCGCAUUGAAAAGCGGUUCAAGCAUCAUGGAUUACAGUAUGUUCUACGUAGGCCAAGAGGGAGCAACCCUGAGAAACUUCAUGAUGACUUGGAAUCGCUGCUCGUUUUGUUCUUUUGACCCCAUAACAAUGAUUGGGAGAACUGAGUCAGUGAGUAUCAACCGUGCACUGAUGAAGCGAUAUUAUGCCAUAGAAAGGGCCAAAGAUGCCAAUGUGGUUGGCAUCCUGGUCGGCACGCUCGGGAUGGCUGACUACCUCACCAUCAUCCAGCAGUUGAAGGAGACCAUCCGCAGAGCUGGAAAGAAGAGCUAUAUGUUCGCCAUGGGGAAACUGAACGUGCCCAAACUAGCAAACUUUCUUGAAAUUGACAUUUUUGUGUUAAUUGCGUGUCCCGAGAACUCGCUGCUGGACUCAAGUGAGUUCUAUAAACCCGUGGUAACGCCGUUUGAGAUGGAGGUGGCCUGCAACAAGAAGAGGGAGUGGUCAGAGGAAUAUGUCACAGACUUUCGACAUCUCCUUCCAGGUGGACAGAGUCAUGUGCCUUUGGCUGAUCAGCAGCAGGAGGACGAUGACACCGACGUGUCUUUAAUAACAGGAGCUCUGAGAAGCCAGAAUCUGUUGAUCAGUGAGCCGGCAGAGUCCUCAUGUGGCUCUUCUGUGGUCCUCAGGAAUCAGACGCUGACUGUAGCUAACUCAGCUGCAUCUUUCCUGGCAGAACGAAGCUGGCGUGGCUUAGAGCAGAAGUUGGGAGAGACGCCUGUGGUAAAGGCAGGAAAGGGCAGGAGAGGCAUAGCUAUUGCCUAUGAAGAGGAAGGAACGUCUUCAUGAUAAUUUACCAGUAAUUCACAGGACUCCAAUAGAGUAUUUUAUCAUGUCUGCCUUCAGUUACAGGUAUUAAAAGUAUAUUGCUUGUAUUUGCUAAAAUCACAGAAUAUUACCAAUCAUUUUGUCCAAACAUUACAACUUGUCCACUUUUACAAUCAUAUUGGUAAAGAAUAUAUGGGCCCUGAUUAUUCACAUUUAAUUGAUUAUAAAAUGGUUUAGGUAGUGGAUACCUGACCACUUCUCUGCUUUGGUCACUUCAUUGUAUUACUGGCUUUAGUAUCUUUUCUUUUACUGGUCAUUGACAGGAACUUCUUCCACAAAGGAUGCAGGAAAUAUACCAGUAUUCCCAUUGCAUUGCCCCUCCAACCAAUCCUGGUUAACUAAAGAAGAAGAAAUUAUGAAUUAGAAUCAUAUUUCCUGGACAAAUCACAAUAAUUUAAAUAUUUGUGAUACACUAUAUGACUAAAAUAAGAGUUUCUCACCUCUAGAGAGGAAUCUGAUUGUAUCUCCUUGCUGAAAAUUGAGAUCCUCUGGAUUUGAUGACUCAUAAGAAUGAAGUGCCACGAAGUGAAUCUCAUCCGCUGGCUUUCCAUCAGUUUGCUAAAAACACAAAACGCACACAAUCAUUUUCUGCUCAACUCCUUUGAGUGUCCUUGAAAUCAUCUGUCUGUUGUGUAGUGGUGUACUACAGUUGCUACGCUCGACUGCAGGGCCACCAUGAUCAAGGAUCAUCAUGAAACACAUCUGUAUGACUGUUUGAUGAAGACACUGAAGUGUCGAAAUGUUAGUCUGUUUGUAUAAUUAAAGACUGAAAAUCAA